CUGCCUGUCGCUUUAAAUCACUAGCACUGUACCCACUGUACUCUUGUUACCUUUUUUUCACGCCUUUCUUCUUCUUCUUCUUUUUCUUCUUCAACUGUCUCUGUCUGCUCUUGUGUGUGUUGUCAGCACAAACUAUACAUUUUACAAAAGUAUACUCACUGUAGAUUAGUUACACCAACACAUAUAUAGACAUAUACAUACAACUAUUAGCUGAACAGCGGAGCACACACCCGUAAACCCGUGUUUCAUUUAUUGUAGAAUAAAAUUUCGAACCGAGCCAGAAGUAGUCACUUCGUCUUGAGUCUCGUACGUGAGAGUUUGUCCUCGCGAAAAUUUAAAUAACGAUUCGUUUUUAUUUAUUUACUAAUUAUUAUUAUUAUUAUUUUGUUUAUUAUUAAAACAAAAUAUUGGUUAAAAAAGUAAAGUUGGUAAAUAGAUACGACGACAGUCCUCGUUAAUUAAAAUAAUAAAAUCUCAGUGGAUAGCCAAGUGAAUUUCCAUCUGGUUUUAUUCACAUUCACCGAAGAAGUGUCGUUAUUAAUCCAGAAUAAUCCUCAUUAUUACUAUUUAUUUAAUUUAAAAAUAGUGCCACGAUGAAUUACAAUAGUGACAUGUCGACGAAUGUUGAGAAUAACAGAACACAAAUACGGAGAACAACAUGGAAUGAUGAACCAGAAUUCAGUAAUGCAAGUAUCCUAAAUAGCAUGGAAAAAUUUGUAAAAGCAGUUAAUGAAAUGGAAGAAACGAUAUUGGUGCCAUCGAGAUUAUUGGAUCUUGCAGUGGGCGAUGCUGGUGAUACAGUAUGCCAGAAGGGCAAGAGUACAAUUAAGGAUACAAUGCCCAAUACGGAUCUCUAUCGACUGUACAAUAUUGUCAAUACGCUGAAAUUAGAGCUACUGUGGUCACAAAAGUCCAGUAUUGAGGCUCAGGACGAAGAGACUGAAGAAGAAGAUAAUAAUAAUCGUCGAGUUGUUAAAUCAAGACCAGCAACUAUUCCAUCAACAGCAACAACAACUGUAACAGCAAAUUCAACACCAUCCGCGGAGAGUGCUGCUGUAAGACUUGGUCACACACGGUGUCCCAGCACCACGUCAAUGCAAAGCGCAUCUUCAGUGAUAUCGAGUAUAAGCUCAAGUGAUUCUGAUUCGGAUAUGGGAGUGGAAAAUGACUCUGGACUGGAAAGUGAAGAUCAACCUGACAGAUUUGCUAAUCAAGCUGCUGAUAACUUCCGCCGUCAUUUGCGUGGUCUUCAUCGCAGUAUCAAGCGCAUGACCCAAGCUGCUGAGUAUCUAUCGUUGAGAUAUCAAGCCGAUGUUGGUGGACAAGUUUGAUUUCAUCUCAUCCCAACAUUUCUUUAAUAAUAAUAAUAAUAACAACUAAAAUCAUUCAUCAAUAAAACUUGUUCAAUUUCUUAUAAAUUCUUCCCUUAUAAAGAUAAUUUAUAUCAUUCCUCGUUAAUAAAUCUAAUUAACUCUAUUAAAAUAUUAUUAACAAUUUGUAAUUUAUUGUGACGUAUUAUUGUAAUAAAUAUUACAUUAAUCAGUAAUAGUUAUUAAGAAUAAAGUGUCUCAACUAGAUUCAAAUUUAAAAAAAAAAUAAUUAAGAGAAGAUUUAUAAGUGCUGUUGAUAGACGUAAUUUAUUAGUAGAUAGUUGUCAUGUGUGCUAAUCAACAACAACAACAAAAAAAACAACAAGUAGAACAAGUUUAUUGUUUCUAAACAUCAAUUUAUAAUUUAAUUUUUUGUGAGCUGGGUGAAAACGAAUGUUUUAUUAUUUCAAAAGUUUAAAUAAUAUGCGAGUGGAUACGUGCGAUAUUUAUAAUUUUAAUUGAAUGUUAAACAUGAUUCCUCAAUAAAUAAUAAUUAUUAUUAACAGAGUAUUGCCUUGAAAAUUUAAGUAGUAUAUUAGUUAAUGUUUCUAUUAUUAAAAUUUUUUUUUUUUUUUAUUUCUUUCUUUCUUCGGAUGCAUUAUUUGACAAUAUUGAUAAACUAUAAGACAAUAGAGUUUAAGAAUAACUAUUUUGCAAGGGAUUAUGAUAUAUGUUUAGUUGAUAUAAAAUAUUAUUGUGAAUCUCGUGUGAGCUUGCUAAAAAAUAUAUUAUUUUCGCCGGCAA